AUGGUGUCAGAGUGGAAAUCGUUUUAAGGCUUGAUGUUCCUUUUCAUUUUCUACUAGUCCAUCACCAUGCAUGAUCUUUAUAAUUUUCAGCGACAAAGUAACUAGUGCACGACCUUCCUGGACCACUGGCAGGCACGAGCGGCUUUAUUUCAUAGGGCGGGAAUAAAGUUUCUCCUGCUGUAGAAGUAUGAAGUGCAUCAUUUUAUACAAUCUAGUUCAGCUACAACACGAUGGAGAAGGACUGGAUCAGUCAAUCAUAUACAUCUGGGUUACAACCUUACAAUAUAUAUUACAAUCUAGUACGGUACUAGAAUAAUGAGAGGACUCCUCCUUCUUCUUUUCUCCGUGCAGUAGGGAGUCCCUCUCUCGGUGUCCAUGUCCUCAGUCCAGGCAGGUUUUCAGUCCGGGAUGGUUUGCGAGAUGGAUUAGGUAGCAUUGCGGUUUACUCUAAUCAUUCCGAGAGCAAAGGGCCCGAUCAAUUUAUGUUCUUGAUUUUUGUACAUCAGAUUCGCAGAAGAAGAUCUAAGAUAUAUGCCACUUCCUACGUUGACUAACUGAGCAAUAAGAACAUUUUCAGAUGAUCCAGAAUCUUCGUUCUUGUAGAAGACAUAUGUGGCCUUGAGCCUGGUGCAGGAGCAUAAAGCUACCUUCUAACAUAUCUUAUUAGGAAAUACAACAUAUUAUACAUCAAAGUACUAGAUCUAGAAGUUCCUUGUCCUUCACUGAAAGUUCCUUCACUGAAGAUGUUCCUAGAACAACAGCUUGAUGCCUGUAUCAUUCUUUCGGAUGUUGUAAUAGAUCCUUCAACUUGUAUCCCCUUAAGACAUAAGUUGAAGGUGUUCAGAAGUAUCAGUCAUAACAACUUCAUUAUAUUCAUCCUCAUGAGGGACAACAUAGGGAAAAAAUCUUCGGCAACUCGCCGAGUAGCUUCAAAUCAUCACUCAUCCUCAUACUUAUAUUGCUAUUUUUACUAGAAGCAAGUUGUACAAGUACUUACUAGGUUGUAGUUGAGAAGGUCGUCUUGCUGCAGACGCCACGACUCGUUGAGGCACUUCUUGCAUCUAGUACCACUUGCAGGUACGACUUGCAGGCUCUAACGGCUAUUCCAAACCCGCCAACCGAAGAGGCGUAUCUGGAGAUGCAAAAAGAGGAGAAUUCGUACCAGUGGGAAUGGAAAUUUGACCAGGCGCAAUCCUUAUUCGAUUCUCCAGGCAUCGAACAUCUCACUAUGCAAAACACAUAGUUAUCCUUAUUCGAUACUCCAGGCAUCGAACAUCUCGCUAUGCAAAACACAUAGUUAUCCUUAUUCGAUUCUCCAGGCAUCGAACAUCUCACUAUGCAAAACACAUAGUUCUUGCCUACUACUUCUAAGUUUCAACAAUUCGAAGAGGCUGUCGCACUUAGCGUUCUAGCUGGAGUGGAUCUCCUUGAAUCUUGAAUCUUGCCAGGUAAUGGUAACAAGUACAGUAAUUAAGAAUAUCGGUUGCGGCUGCCCCCUGGGCGGUUUAAUAGGGAAUUGCCUCGUCUCAUCAAAAACAGAUUUGAUUACCAACGAUCGGCAUCGGAUAGGAUUCUCGCACUCUUGUUGUAUUAUAUAUAUGAUGGAUGCUGCUGUUUUCUUACGAAUACGAAGUGAAGAUGUGCAAGUACAACAUGCACACAACAGGUAGUGCCUGCAAUAGUUACUCCACUUUCGCUUUCGCAUAAUCAUCUAUUUCUCCUGCCUUAUCCUAUCCUAUCUUACCCCCUCUCUAUGAAGAUCCUAUCUUAUCCUAUAAGUACUGUCUCUAGUCGAUGCCCCCUAAUAUACUCUCCCCUUCUUGUCCUGUCCAACGGAACGUAUCCGUUCCUCUCUCUAUCUUAUCCUCAUCUCCCCUUCCUAUGAUCCUAUGCUAUCAUACUCUCCCCACCUUGUUGUCUCUUUCAUUACAAUUUAUAGCUCUUCCUUCUUGCAAUAUUUAUAUAGUACAACUCCCCGGGCGGCCCUCCGCCCUUACGCAGCUUACCCCUCCCAGAGGAUCCUUCUAAGAUCAAGCAGCAGCUAAGCGAGGGCAUGUAUUAUUAUAUUGGCGGUGGCAAUAUCUUCGAUCUGAUGGCUACGACUCGCGUGCGGACGGCUACCGGAAAGGUCUACAUUUAAGAUAUUGCCAUUAAAUUUUAGUCUUACUCGUAACACAGAUAAAGAAUGGCGUAAACCACAGAUAUUAACAUUAAAUUUUAGUAACACCAAGGGCUGCAUCAUUGGUUGUAGUCGUGUUUUUUGGCUCUUCAGUAGCCACUGAAGUCUGCUGGUUUAUCUAGUGGACCUACACCUAACCUAACCAUCAUCUACAUCUAGAACAAUAGCUAAUUUUCUUACUCUACUCCGCUCUUCCUCGGCUUUUGCUUUUGAGCGACAUCACGAGAGUUGAGAGCAUCAUGUUUGUUUCUUCCUCGACCUGCUCGAGCUCUACUACAAGAAGAUCAGGGACAUCGACGGACAACGCUCUUGCUUACAUUUAAAUAAGCUCUUAUUCGUUUAAGAUUAAAUGAACUAGUGCAGGGGUGAGUUAACUCUAUGACCUACUACAGUCAAUGGAUCUACUAGUUCUCUCAUCAUAUUAACAUGGAUGAUGUGAAUGAAAUAACAGUCGAUGAUGAUGAUGAUGAUGAUGUCAAUUACAGUUAACAUGUUGUAAGAGCUCUAUAUUCAAAGACAACAUAAUGUUCUCAAAUACGAGAGGUUAAAAGCAACAUUUCCUUUUAAAGACGUUUCAUGAAGAGAUGAUGAUAGUAAUCUUGACCUCGUUAAAGAAAGCCAACGGCUAGUUGUGGCUGAAUAGAGUCAUCUUCACAAUUGUUUUCUAAUUUUGCCCUGGCAGCGUGCAAGAGGAACUGUCGCCGAAAGAAAUGUUACGAAGAAACCUAAGUAUUAACUUUUAGAUACUUGCCCUCAGCCUUCUACGUGGAGGACCAUGGCUCUUUAAUGGCUUCGAGCGCUCGUCUCGUCGCAGGUGAGCCCACUAUCCUGUCCUAUCCUAUUUUCGAAGUACUUACUCCAGAAAAUAAUAUCCCUGACUGUAUGUUGUCGAGGUCGUUCUUGUUGUGUCCUCUAGAAAACAUCUUCAGUCGUCGUGACUAUGUUGUUCACAUCGAAGUACAGCUUUAAGAAUGCCAUCCUUCGGGAUGCCGAAAGCAAAAGCCGAGGACGAGGAUGUCCCUUUUCUGAUGCCAUACAAUGGAGACACAGCGGAACUUAAGGCUCUUCACUGUGACUGUUUACUCGAAAAGUGUAAAUGAUAACGAUAAGCAAGUAAAAAUAUUAAACUUCACAGGUCAAAUUAUUGUGAACGGCGGAUCAACUCCACCUAUCCUAUCCUAAGAGUAACAGUAAUAACGCUAAAAGCUAAUAGCCCUCUGAACUAAGUAACUUUCCACGGUUAGGGUUAUUUCAGUUUUUCGAAUAUAUUGCUCAUGAUCUUGUUUAUAUUCAUAAUUUUGAUCUACUUUGUUACUGUUAUUAGCUGCCUGCAUCAAAAUCAUUUAGAAGCAUCAAAAUUAUCGGUUUUCUUCGUUUUGAGAAGCACCAAUAUAAUUGGAGUGUUUUUGUUUUUGUAAGGGAGCAGAACUAGAACGACUUCUAUUGAUAGGUAUAAUUAUCUUCUACUCCGCCCCUGGUGGGAAGGGAGACCUAAGAACCCCGGGGGGGGGCGCCACCUCUGUGUGGACUAAAACUGGUUCGAAUUUCCGCCCCUGGUGGGACGGCGAAUCUACUUGCGCGCCCCAGGUGGGACGCCUCUGCAAGAAGAACCGCCUGCGCGCUUCUUUUUGCCUUUGCCUGCGUGUUUUAGCGCGCUCUAGACGAGAUAGUGCGAGGCCCUUACUGUCUUCCCUGGGAAAUACUUGGGAAGCCCUCUGCGUGAGGUUUCUGGUCGCUUUCCUCCGAUGACGCACAAGGACGAACACGAAGAGAGACGGCCAGCCCGGGGCGCCCUCCUCCAUUGUGUGCCAGGGCUCUCGCACUCUUGAUGAGGUGAGUGACCCGCCUAGGGCGCAGGAGGAGCAGGGGCGCGGUGGUGCUGGUUUCGGUGCUCCGUGUGUUCUCAGUGUCCAUGGUGAGGAGAGGCUCAUAGCCCCGACAGGUUGGUGCCGCCUCGGUGUUUUCCAUGAGGGCAAGGGGGUCGGUGGGUUGCAGGUGCGACGCCUUGCGUGGCCUUGUUGGUUGCUUGGUAGUUGGUUGUUUGUCGGACAGUCUACCUGGUCAAGGUGUGUAGCCUGGUCGCUCACCUCGCUCUCGUAGGGAUGAGGUGGCCUCCCGCCCUCUGCCUCUGUUCUUGCCACCACCACGCUCGCUACAGCUACCUAGGUUGGUAGCUUCUCUCUGGGCUCCGAUCGCUCGGCCCCGGCAGCCGUGUUGAGGAGGCCAAGGCGGAACGGUCACUGUUGUUGCUGGACGACACAGCUGAACACCUGCCGCCGGCUCCCUGGUUGGAGUUUGUUUCCCUUCGCUCUCUGGAACACGCGCGCGCGUGACGGCAUGGCCCCUACCCGGCCACAAGUUCCCCUGGAUAUUCUACACGGGCGUCCUGACUUGCCGCAACCGCAUCGCGUGAGCCUUGUGUGUUCAUUCUAGCAGGCCGCUUGCUUUGCCGCACACUAGUGAGUAAGACCCAACGUGUUGCCGAACUCCUUCUAUACAUACAUACAUAAUUAUCUUCUAGUACAUCAAGAAGUCUUGUACAAGAAAAAGUACUAGAAGGUCGUCUAAAAAAGGCGUGUGGCGAUAUUGGACUACGCUCCGAGAUGCUUUUUACACUCCUCCGAAACGUGAGCCGCACAUGUACUUGACCACUAUAAUUGGUGUGAUUUUUAGUCUAAGAGGUGAUAUACUUCAGGAAUUGGAACUGUCAAGAGUGGAGCGGCAGGAAGAACUUCUGGAACGUGGUUAACGAGAUGUUGAUGAAACGUUGCUUGAAGUGAAAACGUUGAAGUUUAUAUGAAUUUCAACUUUCCAACAAAUACAAAUUGUAUAAUAUUAGUUAGUUUUCACCUCGACAUUCUUAGACUUAUCCCGUGCAACAAUAUCAGUAUCAAAAAUCUUCUAGUUAGUCACGAAGAUGUAGUUGGAUCUAGUAGAGAGUCCUCGUGAAUGUUGAUUUCGAUCUGUCAUUCAUGAUGGUGGAUCUUCUACCAGUCAUCCCUAGAGAAGGAGUACUUCUAUCUACAACUAGACUCUCUUUAUAUAACCUACUUCUACAACAUCAACUACUUCGACGACUUCAAUUACACGACAGGGCGUACGAACCGACGAAGAGGAAUUUAUUUUUGGGAGGUCAAUCUGCCGGCUCGAUGAUCCAGAGCACUCCCGACAAUGGUUUCUUGUUUUUUGGUGCGAGCGGUGACCCUCCGACCCACCGCAUCUUGAAAGCACAGUUCGACUCGCAACCUUACUUAAGGCAUGAUGUUUUCUGGAUGUUGAAGAAAAGGACGAAGAAGAAGAUGCAGUUCUUCAGGAUGUAUUUUUUUUUUAAGAUGGGUACAACGAGAAAGCUCUAACUUAUUGGGAGAAGAAGAUGGAUGGGAAUAACGAGAAAGUUAAGGCUCCUCAGUCUUCAUUGCAGCUGGUGGUAGGUUGUGCUCACUGAAGAGAGCAGAGUUCAUUAUAAAUCAAUAUCGAAGAGGACCACGAGACCCCCUCGUCCUGAGAGAACAAAUUAUAGGGAAAGAAUCAUAAAGUAAGAGAAAUAUCAUGGUCAGGCGGCACGAGAGAGAUAGCUGUGUAGUGUCUUUGUAGGGGGUCUACUCUCUUGUUGAUGGCCUGCGUGUUGCGCUCCUGAAUGGUUGACGACUCUUGUAAUACGGUCUACCACCUUCAGAAUCAGUGACCACCCUUCCGAAUCAAAUGACUUCUGACCGACCUCUAAGAACGAAUGCAAGAUCCCUCAGCUCGCAGCUCGAUGUGAUACCUUCCUGACCCACAGCAUACGGGACUUCUACAAUUAUGGUGGUACAAUAGCAGGUCUAGGAGGUGAAAUAUAGCAUAUUACAUCAGCAGCCAAGGUGGUUGUCCUUGUCUGGAGGGUGUUUAAAAAGAGCAGUACUAAUCGGAGUAGUUAGAGUUUUUAAUCUUCCCUCUCAACAAAAUAGCCCUUUCAGAAGUGAAGUUCAGCAUGAUUAAAAGUCCCGUCGACAGUUUCGGUUACGCCUGGGCAUCAUAUCAUGACCAUCUAGAUACGCCCUCGUCGUCCAGCACAAUUAAUUAUCGCUUUACCUCCUGCAGCCAUCGCUUUACCUCCUGCAGCCCUACUAGAAGCUUAAUUUUUAUAAUCUCAAAUCACUCGUCCUCUAGCUCUAGGCCUGCGAUUUCUGCGUGAUCGUCCUCUAAUCUGAACCAUACAGCUGGGAUGGGGCUCCUACUUGCGCUGCAGCGACUAAAGGAAUACAAGAUAAGAGGCCGUCAGCGAAUCUUGUCAAGCGGAUUGAGGUGCGUAAAGAGAUCGAAAUGGGUCUCCAGGGACUCUACAAGGAAAUUAUGGCGUAACAACUCUCUAUCUUCUAUAACCUAUCUUUAUUACUGGUACUUAUAUAGAAAUUCAAAUUUUAAAAAUUUCUACUUCUAGGUGGUAAACAUUAUUGAUGGUCCUCUUGAAUGAGGAUUUGGUGCUGUCUUGGCCUUCACUUCUCAGACUGAGCAGGCACGUCGUGCUGGUUCUUCUACUCUCAUCUUUAUAAGGUUGAGGCUUAGGAGGUCCAGCGACGCUUAAAGCACAUACUUACUGAAAAAAAAUUACCGGCUAGUUCUUAUUUUUCGCUCAUUUUCAUCCUAAGUUAAUCCCUUCAAGCAAUGUGUAACUAUACAGUGUCAACAGUCGGAGUCAUGGGCAACAGCUUUUUUGCCUUUGUAACACCUCUAGACAAGUCACAAUCAUCAUCGUCAUCGCCUUCGUCGUCAUCUCUAACUUUGCCGCGGUCGUCGUCGAUGGGAAAAAGGUGCCAGGAAUGCCGCCUGGUGAAGUUGACAUGGACGCGCUUCUCAAGGAGAACGCGGCAGUCGCGAAAUACUUUUUAUGGAGGCACUGUUGCCGCUAGACAGAGCUCACAUGGAGAUACUUACCUACAUGGAGGUCCUUCCUUACAUGGAGGCACUGACUUACAUGGAGAUACUUACCUACAUGGAGGUACUACUUACAUGGAGAUACUUACCUACAUGGAGGUACUUCCUUAUACAUGGAGGUACUUCCUUACAUGGAGAUACUUACCUACAUGGAGGCACUGACUUACAUGGAGAUACUUACCUACAUGGAGAUACUUACCUACAUGGAGGUACUACUACUUACGUGGGGGUGCAGGAGCAGCACUGUUAGUCAUCUCAGGAGGCGCCAGAACUGUCACUGUCGCAGAUGUGACAGUUCUGGCGCCUACUGAGAUGUUAUCGAAGAAGUAUCUGAAGAUGUCAUCUCAGUGAGUCUCACAACUAGAACUACUCUAUGGAGAGAUCACACAUCUCAUCUUUUUCCUUUUCAAUUUCUAGUUGGUUCCUUCUUGCUUUUCCUACCAAAAAUAACCAAAGUAGGCGCCAGAACUGUCGUGGCUGCAAAAAACGUAUAGAUACUACAACUCAUAAGUAAUAUGGUAAAUCGAAGAAGUCUCAAAGCAGAGCGGAUGACGAACAAUGAUCUGCGUUAUCGUCCAUAAGCUAGCCGUAACCCCAAAAAACCGUAACCCUGGCCGUAGGCCCUAAGCAACCAACCCUCAGCAACCAGCCCUAAGCAACCAACCCGUACCAACUAAACUAACCCUUGGUGCCCAUGCUCUAAGCUCGCCAGCAAAGGAAGCUGCAGAUGCAGUUGCGAGGAAUCCGCAAAUGUCGCUCCAAGAACAGAUCGCUGCACUCGAGGCAAAAAAACCUGAUGCACGAGAGACGCUGGUUUCGCUCACAGACCCCACAGCUUUCCAAGUGGAGCUUAUGGCUUAUUUUCAUUGUGCUUUGACUUGCUCUUCUGCGCUGAACAACGAGAACAUCUAUUGUGAUUGCAAACUGCGCUUUUUCAAAAGAAACAUCAUGGAGGAGAGAGUGUGAAUGUUCUACGUCCAACAACUUCAUCCCACUGGGUGUAGGGUUUUUUAUCGUCAUGCUGGUGUGACUCUAAGAAUACCUCAGAAUGCAACAAGGCGUGCAUCGAAAGUUGCCAAUCUGCGUCUUUUUUAUGGGCACAUACUUACAGUAUGUACAACUUGUCGCACUAGUAGUAGGUGGCUACAUACAGUAUUAACAAGAAUGAUACUUGUUGUAGUUGCACCAGUCGAUGAGGAUCGAGAAAUUGCUGUGCUUCUUCGUACUACAAUUACAACAUGUUAUUGUAAGUCAAAAAAUGAUAAGAACUCGCUCCUAGAUGAAGUCAAUAAUGAUUCUACAGAACUCCACCUAUUUGAACAACAAUCGAAAGAAGAACUCCACCUGGAAGUCAAUAAUGAUUCUACAGACCAACGCCAUCUAGAAGAUGAACCUAGUGAUCAUUCAGUCAAGAAGACUACUCGCCCCAAUAUGUAGAAGUAGAAUCUACGUACUACACAACUUUUCUUGUUGUUGAGUCAACAGGAAGAACCAGAACAGUAGUCUACUUGUACUAGUACUAGGAAUCCAAUCCGAUCCAACUACUUGUAGUACUAGGAAUCCAAACCUCUAUCUAAGGAGCUCCUGCUCUUCUAUCUAAGGAGCAUUGAUGGACGCAUCUGCAGGAGCUUCUCUUCUAUCUCAGUCUCACAUGCGACCUAUCCUAGUUCCUAAUAGGUGUUAGAUGAACCUGCCUGUUUAUAAUCUUCUAAGUCUCACAUGCGAGGAACUAGAGUAUUUGGAAGUCGGCGGAUCCGAAGAUGUUGGACACGGUUGCAGGUUUCAUGCCCAAGAAAAAAUCGUGAAAGACUUGGGAAUCAGCUUCACUGGUUUGGGCUGGGUUUCGCAAACCGAUUCGCUUCAACUUUAUGACAACCGAUAGAAGGACUCAAGUAGAACUAGAUGAACAGAUUCUUGGAAUUGCUACGGGGAUCAUGAGAUGUAGAAGAGCAGAUGUUGAUGAGACGCAAGAUACUUCUGGAUACUUGAGUUUACUUAGCUUGUUUAGUACUAACUUCUGAGAAUGGAUUAAUAGAGUUAGUAGUCAUUCUCGUCGAACCUUGCAUACUUUCGAGCCUCUAUGUCUAUUAUGAUUUUACAACAAUAACACAUGUGUAGUCGUGCCUACUUGGCCUUCUAAUAGCUGCGUCCACAUGCAUGCAAGAAGGAUCAAGGGAGCAUGGUCGUGAAGCCUUUUCUCGCUGAUGCAAUGAAAAAUUUCGCGAAUGCGCCGAACCUGCGUUAUGUUCUUCGUUCUUGUGUCGUGAUGUACUUAGAUAUUUACAUCAGUAACUAACUAACUACAAGACUAGAAUCGUAGUGCUACCAGCAACACCAGAACAGUAGGUGGACUAGAAUGAUACUAGCGCCUGGCCACAGAGCAGCGGAGCCUCAACCUUCGAAGCUUUUGAACCUAGAAUGGUACUAGAUUUACUACUACUAUCGACCUCUGUCAAGAGACGAGGACACUCAGGCAACGGCCGAAAUGGACUGACUUCUACAGAUCGCACGUUCUCAAGUGGAUGCAUAAUUCGAGCGACUUCGUUUAUAUCUCUUGACUGGGUGCACUACUACUACUACUAGAACUUAGAAUGGUACAGGUACUAGAUUUACUUUUACUACCCACGUAACGUGUAACUAGCUUCAGGAGGUAUCUAUAAAUAUGAAUUUUUAGAGUCAAAUCGCUUAAAUUAAGUAAUCUAUCCCAGUCUUAUCUUUUAUUGUGCAAGACAGAAUUCCAAAAAUAAAUCAAUGGGUGGUCUAUCCUCUUCUUCGAUUCUCUAGCCUGUCGUAUCUUUCUAAAAAGACCAGAAGGGCGAUACCUUCGUCUACAGUGACGGGAUGGCUGUGGUUCUGAUGGGGGAUGCACGUCGUGCCGUUCUAGGCAAUUCCGAGUUUGCCUUUCUGGAAGAAGUUAAGGUGGUCCCAGUACAACGGUUGUAGGAUCUUUUUCUGAGCUACAAUGUAUCUUCUUCAUUAUGCCAAUAUGAAGACUCAGCAUAAUAUGUCAUAUCAAAGACGUGGCUCUUUUGUUUCAUUCAAUAGAGACUGUCACGUCAGUGAAAAAACGCAUGAGCAAGCACGACCCCCCCAUGCGCAUGCUCACCCUCCUUCAUAUACACUCGCAAGAAUGCCAAAAAGGAAAAGGAUGCCGCUGCCAAAGCCAAAGCUGAUGCCGAUGCCAAAGCCAGAGCUGACGCCGAUACCAAAGCCAGAGCUGAUGCCGAUACCAGAGCUGAUGCCGAUACCAGAGCUGAUACCGAUACCAGAGCUGAUGCCGACGCUGAAGCUAAUGCUCUCGAAUCGAGCGGUGGUAUAAAGAUUCAAAAUUAUAAAUGUUACUAGAGGAAUCUUGUUAUUAUUCGCAGAGGGUCACCUUCAUGUUCAUCUUGUAACGAAUGCAGAAUCGCAUCAUGCGAGAUAAGUAGUUGUAUCUUAAUUUUUUGCGGCUGAUGAUCAUGUACUACGUACUUAUUAACACUUUUGCAAGAAGAUCUUCGUUAGAAACAAGAACAAACUAAAGUAAUUACAAAAAAAUUUUACAAUGAUCUAUUCCUGAAUCUUCACGUCGUCGACACACAACAUCAUGCAAAAGAAAACAGGUGGUGGACACUCGAAAAUUGGUGCCUGCGACCAUGCGUGUGACUGUUGCAGUUCGUUUUUGGAGGAUGGAUCUGGAGGAUGCAACCCGUCCGAUUGUCCUUCGUGUGAAGGCACCAGCUGCAAGAACGUUUAUGUUUGUUCUUGUUGUUGUCUUCUAAGUAUAAGUAGACUACGUUUAUGUCUGUUCUUGUUGCCUUCUAAGCGUAGACUGUCUAAGAAGUAGAAGAAGUACUAGUUUCUAGUAUUAGAAGGUAAGUAAGUACUUAUAACUUAGGUAGUUCGUUGUUCAUCUGCUACAGAACAGUAAAAGGUAAAUAUAUACAAGCAUUAUCUUAUAGGUUGACCUACGCUUCGCCCGCCCUUGUCUCGACACCUCGCGUGAAGAUUCAGCAACGGCAACCUCCCCUAUUCUAUUCUAUCCCAUCCUAUCACAUUUGGAGUUGAUUCUUUUUUACGAAGUAGAUAGAAUAAAAUAGCUUAACUUCUAAGAGAAGGCCGCCAACGACGAAGGAGUCGAAGAGGACCACUACGAAGGAGCCAAAGUGGCCGAGCAUGAUGCAGCCGAAGAGGUGCCGACGACGUCCUCAACCUGGUUCAAUAAUUAUGUCUACGUGUUAAAUAGCUCAUUUCAAGCACUGUUCUCUCCGCUUCAAAGCUUGACUAAAUAUGCCGAUCAAUGAUCAAGCAAUCUUCAUAGUCCUCUGCUCGACUGAGAAGCAUAUAAUAUGCAUAUGGUUACUCCUAUGUAUAGAAAAAGAAUAUACGACUACAACUAUCAGCACUGCAAAAAAUAUACGACUACAAAUAUAUUAUACAACGACUCAGCACUUGAUAGUCUAUCACUCGGUCAUCUUGCUCUUGUAUUUAGACCAACAGCUUUGUCAUCGUAAGCCUCCAAUCAAUUAGAAUUAGUAAUUCUUGAAAAUCAUCAUGAUCAACAAAUCAGAAGUAUAUCAAGACAUGAGAAAAAUUGCAAAGGAGGAGCAAAAAAGGAAGAGAAGGAGAGAUAAAAUCUUCCAACAACAAUGACCUCUUGCCAGGCACAUCAAUCAAUCAAUCAGUCAAUCAAUCGAAUAUAUCAAAGUCAACCUCUUCUAAUGUGAACGCAGAACAAGCUUUCUGCAGCACAAACGAUCCGACGACGCAGUUAUUCAAGUUAAGGAACUAGUUCCCUGGAGGAGCUGCAUUAGUGGAUGUUGGCCUCACAAGUAGACACUAAUAGCCACUACAUACGAGCCUCUGAGGUACCAUGGCAUGCAUGGGGAAAAGUAUAAUAAAAAGAACUCAACACUUACACUGUUGAGUCACCAUCUUCUAGUAUCAUCAUCUCAUAGUAUGUAAAUCUUCUAACAAAGGAGAUCAAUUUCAAUACGAGGAAAUCCCUGGAGCUACUUUGGACCAUGCCGUGGGAGUGGAGGAGAAUGAGACGUUGAUCAGCAGCACAGAAGAAGAGUUAAGUCUACCGCUGGAGCAUGUGGUCUUUAACACCAUUAUAGUCCUUGGAUCUGCUUUUUCUACUUGAAAAGGAAUCCAAGCAUGCUCUCAGGGAUGCGACAAUGGUAGCUCUAAAAAAGGAAGACCGGGCUCGCAUGGGCUUCCUUGCGCCGCGUUAA